UUAUCCAUGGUUUCAAGGCUUAAGAAUGAACAUUUUGUGGGUUUGCUCGGCUACUGCCUCGAACAAAACAACCGAAUAUUAGCCUAUGAGUACGCCACAAAGGGUUCUUUGCACGAUGUCUUGCACGGCAGGAAAGGGGUGCAAGGGGCUGAACCGGGUCCCAUUCUUACAUGGAAUCAGAGAGUGAAGAUAGCAUAUGGAGCUGCGAAAGGGCUCGAGUUUCUGCACGAGAAAUGUCAGCCGUCGAUCGUUCACCGUGAUGUAAGAUCGAGCAAUGUGCUUCUGUUUGAUGAUUUCAUGGCUAAGAUAGCCGAUUUCAGCUUGACCAACCAGUCCUCGGAUACUGCUGCUCGUCUGCACUCGACUAGAGUGCUUGGAACAUUCGGAUACCAUGCUCCCGAGUAUGCAAUGACAGGGCAGAUAACUCAGAAAAGUGAUGUGUACAGCUUUGGAGUUGUUCUUUUAGAACUUCUGACAGGUCGAAAGCCGGUAGAUCAUACUAUGCCCAAAGGCCAACAGAGUCUUGUUACUUGG